ACAAUAUGAAUGUCGCACCUCACAUGCUGUGCCGAUCGCUGACGACUGGAGCUGUUUGCGCCACAAGAAGCCGGGGGACAUCACCAGUGCUACCGUUUCGACCGCGGCGGCCGCGCAUCAAAGCUGCGCGGAACGGUGGAGACGCCGGAGGGCAGGUCACAUCCGAAUACCAUCUGUUGUGGUCCCCCGGGUUCGCUUGGAGGACCUUUGGGACCUUUGCUUUCUUCCUGACGUUGCACCUGGCGCACGGCCACGCCAUCCGUUGGCCACGCUACGCCAGCAGCUGCUGGGACGUUCUUGGCCCACUGAUGGCAUCUGCCUGCUGCGCGCUGCAGCUGGUGAUGAAUCUGUUGAAUGCCGGCUGCGCCAAGUUCAACACGAUCCUUGGCCCCUGGAGGCCUUUCUUUCUGGGAUGUCUUCUGGUCACCUCUCUCCACUCCUCGCCCUUGCUGCGAUGCAGUCAGUUGUUUCUAGCCUUCCUCCCGGAGCUUCUCCACCUCCGCAGCCAACGUCUCCGGCGCAAGGGGCGCCACGGGCGCAGCUCGCAGCGCGGCAUGUUGGAACUGCGGGUGCCGGGGAUGGGCUGCGUGGCGUGCAUCGACAAGGUGACCACCACCCUCCAAACCCUGCCCGAAGUCCUCCACUGCGAUGCCUGGUUGGAAGAAGAGGGCGGCCGUGCCCGGGUCAGGCUUAGUGCAGGCGCUUCUACGGCGACCAACGAACGCCUGGUGCGAGUGCUGCAAAGCGCCGGCUUUCAAGCGGAGCUGGAGGUGACGCGCGGCUGAUGACGCGCGGCUGGUGGGAG